UGCUUGUUUAUUGAAUUCCGGAAUAACAAACAUUCACUUUCUUGAGGACUUGAAUGGGUGCCAUGCCUUACAAUGAGUAGUGUGGCGAACAAUAGUGACUGUGAGUCUUCUGACUCAAUGGAAGACAUACAACUUAAACCUAUCCAACCUAAACCGCAUCCCUCAAGAAUCGUCAACACAGAUGUCAGAAGAUCUGUCACACAGGGACAUGAAAUUCCAAGACAAAUUUCUGAAUUAAGCUUAACACGGAAUAAUUAUAUGAAUGAAAAUAAUGUGAAUGUUCAAAAGAACCAUGAACAUGGAGAUAGGAUGUUUCCCCCUGUGAUUCCAUUAAAUGUUGGCGGCAUUAAAUACAUAACUAGAUUGUCAACAUUGCGAAAAUAUGAAGAUUCAAUGCUGGCAGCCAUGUUUAGCGGAAGACAUAUUGUUGACAAAGAUGAAUAUGGGAAUUAUUUUCUAGAUAGCAAUGGACAUAUAUUUGCUAACAUUUUAGAUUUCUUAAGAAAUGGAACAAUUCCACCUAAUGAGGUUGCUGUAAGUGUGUUCAAAGAUGCCAACUAUUUUGGCUUACAUGAACUAGUUGAGCAGUUACAAUUUAAGCCUGACAUUGCCGCCAUGCAUGUUAAAGAAGCUCACAGACAACUCUUUCCGAAUUAUUUUGCUGUAAAACAAAAUAUUGUGAAAAUAGCAAUGGAUCAUGCUAUUACUUCUAGAACAGGGGAGAUAAUAAUUAAUAUGUUCAAAACUGAAUUUGUGGCAAAAGCUCCGAACUUUAAUCCAAAACAUGGAUGUGUUGCGGAACUAGCUCAUAUUAAAGUUGGACCUUGGGAGGGUGAUACAGAUGAAGAAAUGUUCAUAAGAUGUCUAGAGAAUGAUUAUUUAGAGGAAGGAUUUAACUUAAAACCACAUGAAACAAAAAGAAAAUGUCGUUAUUAUCAUGGACAAACAUGUCCAAAAUUUACAUACAAACUGUCUUUUAUAUUUUGAUUUAUCUGUUAGUUCAGUUAUUUAUAUAUAUACACAGUUAUAUUUUGAUGAUUGUAAGAGAAUGUGAUUGAAUCUAUGAAAUGCUUAAAAUAUGUACUAUAGACAUAGGUAUGGGUUUUGCUCAUUUUUGAAGGCCAUUUAUUUACCUAUACAUGUUUUUGUUAACUUCUAUGUCAUUUGGUGUUGGGUGGUAAGGUGUCUCAAUUAGCAAUAACACAUAGAUAAGGAAGUCUUGCUUGUAUUCAAUUGUCAUCAUAUGGACAAGGGCUAUUAAUGAUUGCUGUGCUUUACAUGCUUAACUCUCAAGAUUAUCUUGUUUCUCCAAUGAUGUUAGACCUAAAAAGGUUAAAGAGUCCCAAGUCGAGAUUUAAAUUAAAAGGAUAUACAACAUUGUACAAGCUCAAUGCUCUGUGUUUAAGGCCGUACUUUGACCUAUAAUUAAUGGUUUACUUUUAAAAAUUUGUGAUAUGGAUUGAGAAUUGUCUCAUUGGCUUUCAUAGAACAUAUUCUUAUAUUGUUACCUGUCAAAAUCUGAAUAUGCUUGCAGAAAUAUUUUUCACAACCAAAAGUUAAAUUCCGUCUCAGAAAUAUUAUACACUGUACAUUUAUUACAACAAAAAGUUAAGUUUUCUUUCACAUGAAAGUGCUUACAGAAUUAUUUGCAUCAACCUUAAGUUGAAAUUUUCUUAAAGAAAUAUUUUCCAGUGUCAUAGGCUGACAAUUUACAUAUAUAUUUGACAAUGUUUAAAGUUUAGAUAAUCAUAGUGAUAGACUUUCUACAUAAUGUUAUAAUAAGCUUAAUGGGUUGUAAAUUCUGUAGUGUUGGCAAUUAGAAUUUUUUAAAACAGAUCUUAGUUUUUAAAACAAUCAAUUUUAAAGAUAGCUUGCUUAAUUGAUAAGUCACAUCAACUCCAUUAUAUGACUUUUUUAAUUUUAUUAGCCCAAUUUUAUCCAUCUCCCAUGUCUCAAGGUCCUUUGUUGUUAUAAAUCUGUAAUUUUUACUUGAAUUCCAACUUCAAAAUCAAUCAAUUUUAAAGCUACAUGUAUCUUGCUUAAUUGAAAAUCCACAUCAACUCUUUUAUAUGACUUUUUUUUUAAAUUUUAUUAGCCCAAUUUUAUCCAUCUCCCAUGCCUUAAGGUCCAUUGUUAUUAAAGAUCUCUUAAUUUAGCCUUAAAAUUGUUAAAGAUCUGUUAAUUUAGCCUUCAAUUUCUCCUAUUUUUUUUAUAUAAUGACCUGGUCAUCCAAGUUUAAAGGUCACUAACUGACCAGUAAUAUUAUAUCAGAUACAGCUGUAUUUACUUGUUUAUUGAUUCAUUGACCUUCGAUUGAUCUUAAAUAAUUUAGUAAAUGAAAUAAGCUGUUUAAGAUAACCUUGGUUGAAAUUUAGUGUAAAUUUUUAAUUCCCUUCAAAGUAUUUAAAUUUGUUUACUUGACAGCAAUUGUAAACAAAUACAUGUAAAAGAUUCAAUGGGUACAAUUCUCAGUGUCCAGAAUAUACAUGUAUUAUAUGUAUUUGCCACUGGAGUUAAAGUAGACAAUGGUCUUUGUUGUCUUGUUCCUUUGAAGAUCUUUAAAUACUAAAUUCAGAAUAUAAUGAGGGGGAUAGGACUUUCAUUGGGACUGUGGGAUUUGGUGUUUUUUAGUUCAGGAUUUUGGGAUUAACCCUUUCAGGAUCCAGGAAAUCAUUUUUUCCAAUUUUGGGACCUCAGGAUUUCAUGUUUUUCAGCCCAGGAUUUUGGGAUCAGGACCCCUCCUACACCCCUCUAUAAUGGGUAUUUGAAGCUGUGAAAUGUGAAAACGAUGAAUUUUCAGUUAACCAUUGAUUAUGGUGCCAAAAAAUUCAAAAGAAAUGUAUAAAAAAAACAACUGCCAAAUCACAUUGUUAAAAACUCACAUUUUCAUUUUUUGCAAUUUUUUUUUUUUAAAUUCUUGACAAUUUACAAUCAUAACAUGUUUUAUGUUUAAAUAAUAUAAUCAUGAUACUGGGAAUCUGAUAAAUAGCACAACAAGCAUACAUACAUGACGUCAUAAAACAAAAUAUCUGACGCCACAAUGGGAAAGUGAUUGUUGUAUGCAUCAAAAUUUCAAGCGGCCGGGUCAGCCGGGAUUAACGAUAAGGUGUAUUUUUUGCCUAUUCUUUAUUUGUUUUUAAUUAUGGAAUUUGCAUAAUUUCUUGUGUUUAAAAUUUUUAAUAAAUUCCAUGAUUAUUUGGUAUUACAUGUAUAAUCUUUUGAGCGGUUUAUUUAACACUUUCCAUACAAUGUAUUUUGGUUAGAUAGUGUUGUGCACAGCACAGAACAUUUCAGUACAUAAUAAACCUGGAAUUUAUUAAAAAUUUCAAUAACAAGAAAUCUUGCAAAUUCCAUAAUUAAAAAUAAUUUCAAGUUCAAAUAAUAGCCUUUUUCAAGGAUUAAAUUCGGCUCCUUACCAUGCUUACAUGCCAAAGAUACAUGCAUUUCACAGAUUUGUUUUUUAAGAUUGCAUAAAUAAAACAGAGAGUAAUUCAAUAAUUUGUUUUUGUGUCACAAUACUCUCUAGCAUACUAAAGUACAUUUAGAAAUUUAAAAAACACAGAUAAUUGGGUUUUCUCUGAGGUGUUAUAAAAUAAUUGUUAUACUGCCUUUGUGUGAAGUUUUGAAAGCUGUAGAAAGUUGAACAUGUGAACUCUAGAGGUUAAACAAUUUCAAAAUUGCAUAAUUCACAAUCUUAUAACACAUGUAUUAAAAGGUACUAGUAUUUUAAUUAGCUAGGCAAACUGUCUGAAUUUCACAGCUGAGUAAAAAAUGGAUCAUGUUGAUCAAAAACUUUAACUGUUAAAUUGUUUAAAAUGCAUUAAUUGUUAUAGAUUAGUUCUUUUAAAAUAUGUACUUCACAUUUUUUUGGGUAUGUUUGGUAUUGAAUACUGUGUAUUCAUUAUUUAAAGUGGGGUACUGCAUUUCUGGGAUUUUGUGGAUCAAUUUUAUUAAACCAGAAAAUAUAAGUUUCUAUUCCAAUUAUUUGAUAUGCCAAAAUUUUCAAAACCAGGAAUCCCAAUUUAUUGGAAAAUGCAAUUUUUCCUCAAUCCAUGAAAAAUUAAAUUUAGUACCAAUAAAAGUAAUUGAACCAACAUUUCUUUACUCUGCAUAAAUAUGUUACAUGUACAUGUGUGUUCUGAAGACAAUUAUUUACUUUAUCGUUGAUUUUUAUUUUGAGACUACAUAUAUGGCAAUUUUUAUUUAUUAAUUGUACUAUAAUUUGUUAUUGAUUGUUGAUCAUUCCUUUGUUUAUUGUUGGUCAGGGUACAUUGUGUAUGUUAAAUGUAGAAAUCCAUUUGAAUUAGUUAGCUAAUGUUAGGAAAUCCAUACUUAUAUAGCCAAAGUCCACUACUCA